AUCGAGUCGCGUGUCGUGUCCCGUCCACUGAGAAACAAUACCUGAGUGAAGAUCGUUUCUAUAGCAACAAAAAAAGAAAACAGAUGAAUUAAGGAAGACAAACGAAAAACAAGGAUUAACUUAAUGAAAAGACUUUAACGAGUUGUGGAUGUAUUUUCGAGGAAGCGAAGAACUUUCACCCGUGAUGAUCUCUGGUUUUCGUCGGUUUCGUGGUUUCAGUUGUUGUUGUUGUUCCUUCUCUACCACCACUACUUCGACCUCAGCAGCAGCAUCCAACUCAUAACUGCACCUUGCACUACUCAACAACAACCCACAGAAUAUCCUCUUUCUUCAUCACUCUUCUUUGUGUAGUCGCGUGUGCCGUGCCGUGCUCGCAUCGUUCUUUUGUUUCUCGCGCACCGAUUGUGGGUUACCGUGUCUCCUUCGCCUACUGUUGCGCCAAAAAAACAAAAACAAAAACUUAUACAGAGUUUCGGGAAGCUGCAGCAGCAUCGAUGCGGACCUAAUUGAAAAGAAGUGCGAGAAGAAUCGUCCGAGAGAUGGCGAUGCACGCCUACAAUCCCGUUCCGGCUUCCCUCACAACCGGAAACAGCAAACUUCCGUUGAGGAGAACCAAUAGUAGGCUCGGAUCGGUCAGCGUUCCGACCACCCCCACAUCCCCAUUGGCCAUCCGCGAUGAGGCCAACAGAUGGCGACAGAAGUUCGAGGAGACGGAGGAAAAGCGGAAAACGUUACUCGCGCAAAACGAAAAAGCGCGUCGCACCAUCCAUGAUUUGGAGAGGAAAAAUUCGCACAUGUGCUUGAAAAAUGAAGAAAUGGAAACGGAAUUAUUCGAGAGAAACGAGAGUUUAGCAAAAUUGACGACCGCCUCGAAGACGCUCUUCAAGGAGUACGAUUCGCUGAAGAACCAGUACGAGGUGGAAACCACGGCAAUGAACAAGGCUCUCGCGGAUGCUUCGAACUGGUACAGAGAGAACAAAGUGCUGCGUCGAAGAACGAUGUUGUUGGACGUUGCGGAUUCGAUCGAUGAAGGAGUCGAUUCGUGGGAGACGGCUUCCGAUUCGGACUUGGAGAACUUGAAGGAAUCCGUGAAGAAUCUUAGCGUCGAGGUGGCGCAUCUUCAGUCCGAGUUGAACUCGGCGAAAUUGCUGGAAUUUGAAGCGACUGAAAGCAAUAUACAUUUAACGCAGGAAUUGGAGGAAGAGAGGAAGAGGAACGAGAGGUUGCAGCAGGAGCUGGUGGAUCUGAAGAACAGCCACGAGCAGAUGCUGCGCGUGUCGAAUAUGAUGAAACGCGAGUUGGAGGAUUUCAAAGAGAUGGUGAAGAGUCAGAAGAGUAACGCUUUGAUCUUGAGGAAGGAAGCGGACGAUUACAAGAAGGAGAGAAACGUGUUGGCUCACAGGAGCACUCUUCUGCUGCAAGGAUUGAACGCGGACGAGGGAAUGGACACGAUGCUUCUGAUGCAGGAGAUCGAAGAGCUGAAGAGCACUCUGGAGGAUGAGAGGAACAAGCACGUCGCUGAGCUUCAGGUCAUGCAGGAGCGAUUCGAAGAGAUGGAGAGUAACUCUCACUUGGAGAUACUCGAGGAGCGACUGAAGUUAACCGAAUCCGAACUCUUGCACGCCAUAAUGAGAGCAGACAAAGCCGAGGAAGCGGUGAAAGCACCGCCGGUGGCAACGCCUCCUUCACCGCCUCCACCACCGCCAGCUCCGCCCAUUCUCCCGCCUCCUCCACCACCGCCACCUGUUGUCCCGUUGAGGAUCAAGAAAAUCUCGAGGACUUCCCCGCCCCCUGACGACGCCGCUUCCACGGCAACGGAUAACAAGAAGGCCGGCGUCAACGACGAGAUCAUCAACCAGAUCAAAGGCGGUUUCUUCACGCUGCGCAAAGCCAGCCAGGAUAACAACAACAAGAAGCAGAGGGAAACGCCGAAAGCCGUCUCCGAGAUGCUCAACGUCCUCGGCAGUCUCAGACGGACCAAGAACAAAGUUAAGCUGAAGACUGCCAGCAACAUGGAGGACAUACAGCUCUAAACACAAUCAACCAUCAUUGCCAAAACAAACAAUUUACACAAUAUUAUAUAAUAAUAAUAAUAAUACCAACAUGUUAU